AUGAUUGGCAAGCAAAUCGUUGCUCUUACUCUGCUCUCCGCCAUGGCGGAUCAGACUCUGGCUGCUCCUGGUCACCAGCAUCGCCAGCUCCAUGCUGUCGAGAAGAAGCGAGCAUUGGAGGUCGAAGUCGUCACCGAAAUCGUCACCGUCACGGUAACCUACGGCGCGGAACCAACCGGGGACAACAAGGGCGGAAUCUUCGUUUCCGUCCCUGACACCACCUCGACUUCCGUCGCCGCUGCCCCAACUGUCGAAAAGCAGGUUGACAACCAGAAGUCUGCUUCCUCCAGCAGCUCCGCUCAGGUUCAGGAGGACGCCAAGCAGCCCUCCACCUCUACCUCAACCUCCACUGCUGCUGUCACCACCACUGCUCAGCCUACUACUACUGCCGAGCCCACAACUACCGCCCAGCCCACCACCACGGCUGUGCCAUCCUCUUCUUCGACCAGUUCCGCAGCACCUGCAAGUUCUUCAUCUUCCGGAACCUCACCCACCACUCCUACCAUCGGCUCAAAGCGUGGUCUUGGUUACAACGAUGCCACUAUGUUGUCAAAGGUCCUGAGCGACACCACAAAGAAGUACUCAUUUGGCUGGACUUACAACUGGGAGACACAGCCAAAGGGCGGUCCUUCUGAUACCUACAUCCCCACCUACAAGUCUAACUUGGGCGACUGGCCACAGUGGUUUGACGACCAAGCCCCAGGUUCCAUUAGCUCCAGCAAUAACAAAGUCGCUUUCUCCCUGAAUGAGCCUGAUAACGCAGCCCAGGGCCUCGUCGCGCCUGCGUUAGCUGCCACACUUCAGGCCACCCACUUGGGGCCCAUUCGGAAGGCGGGUGCUUCAAUUAGCGCUCCUUCGGUUACCAACGGUCAGGGUGACCUCCAAGGUCUUAACUGGCUCCAGGCUUUCGUUACCGCUUGCAAGGAUACCGACGGGUGCGAGUACGACUUCUGCAACCUCCACUGGUACGAUUACCAGAGCGCACAGGACACUAUCUACUCCAACCUUAAGAAGGCCCACGAGAUCUGUGGCGCACCUGUUUGGUUGACUGAAUUCGCCCCUCUUGACGGAACUGAUGAUUCAGUUGCGGAGUUCGUCGAGGAGGUGACUGGCAAGCUCGACGCUAUUGAUUACGUUCCUGCUUACGCUUUCUUCAUGGCUGGCAAUGGCUAUCAAGAACAGUUCAGAAUGUUCGAUUCCUCUGGCGCCCUUAACAAUAUUGGCAAGGCCUAUGCUGGCAUCCAAUGGACAAAGUCGUCAUGA